CCCAGCUUCCCAGCUUCCCCAUGAUUUUGCUCCAGGCUCCGUGCCACACUCGGUACUGUCGGUUAGAGCGUUACCAUCUUGGAUCUUGGCUGCUUGGGUGACUAAGGACAUACCUACCUGUGUAGGGAAUUACAUCGGAUAAUAAAUCAUAUCGAAGACGCACAAUACAUGCAUUGGCUCACCGAUAUUCAAGGCAGCUUCACCAAUAAACUAUUUUCUUCUACAAAACAACUCAAGAUCUAGUUUGAGAUAGUAGAAUUCAAGGUAGAAAGGUAUCCUAUUCUUACAUGCAUUGUCUACAAACAUGUUCUCUCCCCAGCUACUUCGUCAACGGCCACGCCUUACUUCGAUAACACGCCUGUCUCACCUCACACCGAGACCCCUGGUACGCUUUGCAAGCACUGGUACACAGGCCAAACCCUUCUCGACCGGUACUGUGGCUGUUUCCUUCGCUGCAGGACUAGCAUCGGCUACAGCUGCGUAUUGGUUUACAUCUCGUAGCAGCCAGACCCAAACCCCAAGGCCCACGGAAGUAUCUAGUGCUUCAAACGACAAGGGCAAUGGUAUUCCAGACCUAAAUAAGCUGGGUUUAUCCGACCAGAUUGCUUAUAGCCCUAUUCCCACUUCGGAGGAUGUCACGCGCCAGUUGAACGAGUAUGCUUUCUCCGUGCCCGGGGGAGGGAAGCCGGUGAGGAGAUACGACGGUGCUCAGUUGGCUUCUAAUAGCCCCUGCGAAGAUGCCUUUAUACACGGCAGCUUCUCUAAUCCCCUCGAUAAAAACAGCGAGAACUGGUUCGCCUGGGGCGUUUUCGACGGGCAUUGCGGCUGGCAGUUAUCAAAUCUCCUAACCAAGCAGCUGAUCCCCUACGUCCGGAACGCUCUCGGCAAUGCCAAGCCCAAGGACGGAAACCAGCUCAGCGACGAGGAUAUCCAAGAAGCCAUAAAGUCGGCUUUCAGAACUCUUGAUGACACCCUAGUCAAAUCCGCCGCAGCAACUAUCGAGAGCGAUCUUCCCUUUGCGGAGAAGGUGAGAAGGCUAGAGGCUGCUUACGCAGGCUCAUGCGCCCUCCUGGCUCUCCUCGACCCGCAGAGCAGAAAACUCACGGUAGCGUCUACGGGAGACUGCCGAGCGGUACUCGGUCAGAAGACCGCGGACGGCAAGUGGGCUACUAUGGAACUUACGACGGACUGCACAGGUGCUACCCCAAGCGAAAUCGCCCGUAUCCAGGCGCAGUUCCCGGAUGAGCCCGAGAUCGUCAAAAGUGGCCGCAUCUGGGGCAUGCAGCCGUCCCGGACUUUCGGCGACGGCAUGUGGAAGUGGCCCGCUGCACUGAAGGAGACCCUUCGUAAUUACUACAACGGGCUAAGCUUGCCGUCUGCUGUACGAUACGGCGCUUACAAAGAAGGGCCGUACCUGACUGCCGAGCCGCUGGUCACUACGACCAAGAUCCCGGAAUCCGGUCCCUCGUUUCUAAUAUUAGCGACAGAUGGCCUAUGGGACGCGAUGACGAGCGAACAGGCUGUCGACUUGGUAGGGAAAUGGGUCGAAUGGCAAGCCCGGGGACAAGGAAAGCCAGUGAAACCGAAGUCGGACGAUUUUGGCGAGGUAGUUCUUGGACGCAAGCAGCAGUGCCGAUUCGAAGAGCAAAAGCUUACGCUACAGGAUAACAACGCGGCUGUGCAUCUCAUACGCAAUGGGUUAGGAGGCGGCGACGAGAAAAUGGUCCAAGGCGCGCUGACGUUUAGGUAUCCGAACUCGAGGGAUAUUAGGGACGAUAUUACCGUUCAGGUUGUAUUCUUUGCGCCUGCGGCCGGGAAGGGGGGGAAGUAAGGGGAG